AUGAACAAACCACAAAUGCAACUUCUCAAAGAGUUAGAAUAUUCUCGCAUUCCCAUACCCGAACUCUAUUCGCAAAUCGAUCCCACCGAACAAUGGGCGCAACGAGACGGCGGUGGUGACUGGGAAAAUGGCGCAAAACCUUAUGGAUAA